UACAGCUGGCGGCAAAGCCGCUCCGCCGUGUACCUGUCGCUGCCGUUGCGCGGCGUUCGGGUCACCCCCGCCAACAUCUUCUGCGCUGAGCAGUACUUGAAGGUAUGCGUCCCUCCCUUUUUGUUUGAAGCAUUUUUAUAUGCUCCUAUUGAUGACACAAACAGCACGGCAAAGAUUGGAAAUGGAGUAAUUUUCUUCACUUUGUAUAAAAAGGAAGCGGCUAUGUGGGAUUCCCUCACUCUAGCAAAUGCUAACAAGGAGAAGCUGCAAUAUCUGAGAGAGAAUGCUGUUCUAAAAGCCCAUGAAAAGGCAAAAGAAGAGACAGAAGCAAAAAAAGUUACAAAACAGGAACACAAAAAAUAUGCUUUGGAGGCCACAAUGAAGCUAGAAGAAGCAGAAAGAAAAAGAAUUGAAGAUCUGAAAGAGAAGGAGCGGCAGAAGGUCACUGAGGAGUUGGAGUUAUGGAAAAAACAGCAAAGUGAUGCCGAGAAACAAAACAGGAUACAAAAAGAAGGGGCACUACAUCGAGUAGAGCAAUUCAGUGAGAAGAAAAAGGAAAAAAUUAACAACACUAGGAUUCCUAAUGAAGGAACUUCUAAGACCAGACUUAAACCUACUAAAGGUCAUGGUUCCAAUAGUAUGUUUUCAGAAAAUUUGAAGGACGAACAGUUACCAGCUCCUCGAUCUGCUGUUACCAUUAAAAUCAACUUUACAUCACGAGUUUUUCCUACACCUCUGCGAGAAUCUUGUGUUGCAGAGGAGGAGGAGUGGCUGUGUAAACAAGCAGAAGCUCGAAGAACAGUAAAUGCUGAUUUGUCUGAGCUGGAAGAUUUAAAAGAAGAGGAGAAAAAUCCAGAUUGGCUGAAGGACAAAGGAAACAAAAUGUUUGCAACAGGAAACUACCUUGCAGCUGUAAACGUGUAUAACCUUGCAGUACGGCUAAACAAUCGUCUCCCCCUGCUGUAUCUGAAUCGUGCUGCUUGCCACCUUAAACUGAGAAAUUUCCAUAAAGCUAUUGAAGAUUCCUCUAAGGCACUAGAACUGCUGACACCACCUGUUCCUGAUAAUGAGAGUGCUCGAGUAAAAGCAUAUGUGAGACGUGGAACAGCAUUUUGUCAGCUGGAGUUAUAUACUGAAGGUCUCCUGGAUUAUGAAGCAGCUCUCAAGAUUGAUCGUGAAAAUAAAACUAUAGAAGAAGAUGCUGAGAAAAUCCGGCACCUAAUUCAAGGAAGAAUGCAAGAUUCUUAA